AUGGCUGGGUCUGUAAUGCCGCACAUUCCGGAAUCUAAGAUUUACUAUGAAUUGUUGAAGGAACAAUGUAAAAAAUACAAUUUGGAGGACAUUAUUGAAUUUAUACCUGAUCCAAACGAUGAGAAAAAAUUUGAAUUGUACAGCCAAUGUGAUUCCGUAAUUUACACACCACCCAACGAACAUUUUGGUAUUGUCCCAAUUGAGGCCUUAGAGCAACGUCGUCCAGUUAUUGUUAUCGACAGUGGUGGGCCCUCAGAGACAGUUAUUGAAGGAGUGACAGGAACGAAGAUUUCUGAUACCAAUGGAAUAAAGUUGGCCGAGGCAAUGGUUGAACAUAUGGAAUCCAAGGAAUGGAUCAAUUUGGAUGAUGAUGCUCAUUAUGUUAUGCAGGUGAACAAAUCUAUAAAAUAUUGUAGAAAAAUGGUAGCCCAAGAAAAUAAAAUAGCCGGCGGUUCGUGAGAAAUCUUCAGAUAUCAGAAACCGAGAACGGACUUUUUUCGGUUCUACUAGAUACCAGGAAACGCCAAACUUUAGAAUUACACCUUUUCCACUAUAGGGCAGGAAUGUCACGAGUUACACGAACCCCGACUUCAUUUCGCCCCGAAUCCCGAGAAACUUUCCAAACCCCGACCCGACUUCU